AGCAGAGUAUCUGCCAGGCGCGAGCUUCCGUCAUGGUCUAUGAUGACAGCAGUAAGAAGUGGGUUCCCAUCAAGCCAGGCCAGCAGGGCUUCAGCCGCAUCAACAUCUACCACAACACUAGCAACAACACCUUCCGCGUGGUGGGAGUCAAACUACAGGACCAGCAGGUAGAGGUGGUAAUCAACUAUUCCAUAGUGAAGGGGUUGAAGUAUAACCAGGCCACGCCCACCUUCCACCAGUGGCGUGAUGCCCGCCAGGUCUACGGACUCAACUUCGCCAGCAAGGAGGAAGCCACCACCUUCUCCAAUGCCAUGCUGUUCGCUCUCAAUGUCCUCAGCACUCAGGACGGAGGCCCAGCAGUCCAGCGCCAAGUCCAGAAUGGGCCCACUACAGACGAGAUGGAGGUGCAGAGAGCAAGACAGGUUAUGGAGCAGCAGCAGUUGCAGGCACACAUGGAGAGGGAACGACGAUCCUCGAACCCAGGUUCUCCUUUCCAAGGCCAUCCCGGUGUGCUUUCUGUAGCCCCCCCAGCUCCCAUGCCUCCCCCCAUGUCCAUGGGCUGUGGCCCCCCCUCUUUAGGUGGAGGCCCCCCCUCCCUGGGUGCCCCUAUGCCUCCUCCCCCUCCCGGCCCCCCUCCCCCCUCGGCAGGUGCUCCCCCGCCUCCCCUGCCUCCACCGCUGCCCAUGGGUGGAGGGGGACAGGGUGAGGAGGCUCCCGCCCCAACGGGACUCGCCGCCAUGAUCGCUGGAGCCAAACUGCGCCGCGUCAAUAGACCUGAGGACUCUAACUCUUCAGGAUCAGGGACCAAAAACGAAGCCAACCGGACGAGUGGCGGCAGUGGGGGACUGAUGGAGGAGAUGAACGCUCUGCUGGCGCGAAGAAGGAAAGCAGCAUCAGAGAAGCCUGAAGACAACCAAAACGAUGACCCCAAUGGGUCCCCUUCACCCGGCAUCAGGGGUGGACAGAACGCCACAGAUGGCGUGAAGAAGCCGUGGGACAGAGCCAACUCUGCAGAGAGGUCAUCACUGGUAUCAAGGGUACGACCUGUGGGGAGUAGCAGUGACACAGAUGCCUUAGACUUUGACAGAAUGAAGCAGGAAAUCUUGGAAGAAGUUUUUCGUGAAUUGCACAAGGUGAAGGAUGAGAUCAUUGAUGUCAUUAGACAAGAACUGAGCAGAAUCAGCACGACAUAAUCUUUCAUAUGACCCUACCUUUUGGAACCAUCGUCCCCACGGCAAAUACUGCCGUUUUCUGAGGAGGCAAGGAGAGGAUCGAGGCCCGAACUACAACCAUUUAUUUAUUCUACGUUGCUGUGAUGUUGAAGCAACGAGACAAUGUUGCUGUAACACAACAGGAACAUUUUGUUCACGUUACGUUUGGAAGAAUGGGAUGGAUGGAGGACACUCUCGCACUGAUUUUUUCUGUUUCUCUGCUCUUGUUUUUCUCUCUUUUUUUAUUUCUCUAUCUGUCCAUCGGUAACCAAUGUUUGCUGUUUUGUUUCCAGUCUUGAAGGAAACAAUUAUGAAAUUCAAUUAAGUAACAUCUUCUUUUUUUAGGAGUUUUUAUUUAUAAAAAUGUUGGCAUUAUUAUUACUAUCAUUGUCAUUAAUAUUACUAUUAUUUUUA